UCCGUGUGGUUUGAGCUCAGGAUCUCAGGACGGGAACAUGUGAGCGGGGAAUGGGCGACUGCAAACAGGAUUAUUGUUGUACACAGCAGAGAGACACAGGAGGGUCCCGGGACAGGAGAGACACGGGGACAUUGUGACACAAACGAGGAGUCUUUUUUUCUUCCUUUUUUAAAUUUUGCUCAUCACUCAUAUUUGGGGAAUAUCAGUCCAAAGAUGAACACCAUCGUGUUUAACAAGCUGAGCAGCCAGGUCCUGUUCGAGGAAAAGGCGAAAGAGGUGGAAAUGAGCAGCAGAAAUUAUCUGGAAGUCAUCGACGGGCAACAUCCAGACCUCCUCUCCAGCAACCAGACCAUCAGAGACAACCAGGGCAUCAGACACAGACGGAGCGGAGGUCGUCCCAGCGGCGGCAAAGUGCGACACAAGCGUCAGGCUCUGCAGGACAUGGCGCGGCCGCUCAAACAGUGGCUCUACAAGCACCGAGACAACCCCUACCCCACCAAGACAGAAAAAAUCCUGCUGGCCCUCGGCUCACAAAUGACCCUAGUCCAGGUUUCCAACUGGUUUGCUAAUGCCAGGAGGCGACUGAAGAACACGGUCCGGCAGCCAGACCUGAGCUGGGCGCUCCGGAUUAAGCUCUACAACAAAUAUGUGCAGGGCAACGCGGAGAGGCUGAGCGUCAGCAGUGACGACAGCUGCUCAGAAGACGGAGACAACCCUCAGAGGUCACAGAGCGGCCCCGAAGAGCUCAACAAGCCCAUGUACCAGAGCGUGAUCAAGAAAGAGGGCUCCAUGGGCAUGGCCAUGGGAAUGGGGAUGGGAAUGGGAAUGGGAAUGGGUAUGGGAAUGGGUAUGGGAAUGGGAAUGGGAAUGGGAAUGGGGAUGGGGAUGGGAAUGGGCGCGGGGCUUCGCUCAGCUGCUGAAGCCGCCUCACUCGCCGAGGACUACGUGUCUCCACCCAAGUACAAGAGCAGCCUUCUCCACCGCUACCUGAACGACUCGCUGCGCCACGUCAUGGUGGCCAACGCUGUCAUGGACGCCCGCAAGAGGAACCACUCCGGCUCCUUCAGCUCCAACGAGUAUGACGACGAGCUGCUCUCGCCAUCCUCCUCUGAGGCCGAGGCUAACUUUGUUUAUCGGGCUGAAACCACAGAGCAUGGAUCAAGUAAAUGUGACAACAGCAGCGGUGGCGUCGUCGCCGCGCAGAAGGAGAGGGUGAAGGGCAAAGACGAGACGUACUGGAGGGAGAUCAACGCCGCUAUGGCCUUGACCAACUUGGCGCAGGGGAAGGACAGCGCCUCCGGAACAACCAGCUGCAUCAUCCAGAAGUCCUCCCAUAUAGCAGAGAUUAAGACUGUCAAAGUGCCGCUGGUGCAGAAAUAUUAGCCCCCUUGAUGUCACUCUCCCUUCUCUCUAUGCAAAACCAGCAAACAUUCCUGCUCCAGCGAAACUCGCCGGAGUCCAAAUAAACUCCCCCGCUUCAGAGAAAGAGAGGAGAACUGUUGUUUAAGGAGGAAGUGAGAACAGAAAGAGAACUCUUAUUCUUUUUGUCGUCUGAUGAAGUGCAAACAGAGGCCUUGACCAUCGUUAUUUUUUGCUGGCUUGAUUUGACAGACAAGCGUUGACGGUGCAGUAUUUCCUAAAAAAAGACACUUUUGUAAUGUUAACUUAUUUUUGUGAUUCUUUUUUAUUUCCUCUUUUUUAUUCUACAAAAUGUGUAUUUUGCCAAAGUGCCUUUCUUAUUUGUUAGAUGAUCCACUCUCGGGCUGUGGUCGAUGCAAACGAUGUGCCUCCUCGACUUAGUUUAGAGUCACAGCCGUGAAAACAUCCUGUGCCUUCAUGAAGGAAUGAGCUCACGAUUACAACCCGUUGAUGAAGUGAAACAGCAUGCACACACUCACAGAACACACACCCAGCCGUGUUUCCCUGAAGACAUUGUGCUUGUUUUGACUGGAGUCUUCACUUUUUGACCGUUAACAGAACACUGUUUUUGUCUCGGCCGGCCUCGCUCUGAGCUGCAGCCGGAAAAGCAGCCAGCAUGCUCCACCUUGUCCACAUCUCGGCCUUGGAUUUCAUCAACCAGCGAAGGACUUCUUUCUUAUCAGUGUUUUUUUUAAUGGCUGAAAUGUGCACAAGCGCUCAGCUGGACCCCGAUGAAGUCACAUACUGGAACCCAUGUAGAUGUAAAUACGUGCUUUAAGGUUCAGCUCAGUAUCUCUUCAGACGGAAGAAUGCCAUGACCUAAAAGGGAUGUUUUCGCUUUGCGUUAUCAGUUGUUUUUUUUACUCAUUUGUUGCCUUCUCACAUGUUUGUACUCAGAGUGAACGAGAGAAGGAACGCCACCAUUAGCUCCGCACGCCGUUUGAUCCUCAGCCCUCUCAGCUGUUUAGCAUUACAUUCAAAUUACUGUUUACAAGAAGCCAGAGGAGAGACUUAAAUGUCUGAUUUUCUCUCCCCCCCCCUUACUCUUCUUUUGUUUCUUGGUUUGUCUUCAAAAAUACAUUCCAGUAUUAUCUAUGUGUCGGCCAAGCAAGUGUUCAGAGUAUUUGUUACUGUCAGUGUGUAUAUGUGUGGUCGUUUUCUUUUUAAUCAGAACUUUUGUGCUUGCUUUCACUCAACCGUGCAGCAUUAAGAGUUCCUCUCGUCAUCCGAUGGAAAGAAUCUCUGACGCAGAAAGUAUUCGUGCACAUGUUAGAAACGUUUGCAGCAAAGGAAGCCGAGUUCACAAAGUGGGAGAAAAAGAAGACGGACUUGUGGGAGAAACUGAAGUUGGCGCUCUUGUGCUGACUUCUUAAUGUUAUGUAUAUCUUCAAGGUACUGUUUAUGUGUGUCAACAUGUACACUCCUUUAUAAGUUGUGUAGUUUGUUUCUUUUUUUUUUCCUGACAACCCAGACUGUUCUUCUGGUCAAAGACUUUGAAGGAGCUGCACAAACACAGACUCUUUGACCCUUUUAUGUGUCUUGAAUGUGCAAACAGUUUUUAAAAAGCUGCACUUAAUUCUUAUUUUUUUUCUACCAGAAAACACAGCCUCCAUUGAGAAGUUUUGUUCAAAGUGAAGUUAAAGAGAUGAAGGACAAGCCUAUAUUAUUCCUCUUAGCGUGCCUAUGGAUGUAAAAUGAAAUCAAUCGCACUAGCCAAUCCCCGGGCACUAUUUGCUUAUGCAGCGGGGGUUUUUGGGCUGCCACAUGUGUUUUUUAUACACCUGAUCCAGGCAGGGUAGCUGCAGGGUAGUGCCGGGCCGGCUGCCUUGUGUUUCUAAUCGCACCUCUGAACCUCUGGACCACUCGAGACCCUCACACCUCACACGAUACCUGCUCGCUGGAAGGAGAAGGAGCAAGUCGCGGUGGCGGCCUUUGUUGAUCCUACCUGCAGACACUCCCCGACAAUGACACAACGAGUACGAACAAAGAAGUUCCCGCAGACUUUGGUACUGUACACGUCUUUCACCAUGCUGACAAAUGGAAAGUCAUGGUUUGUAUUAAAGCCUAUAAAUUAUUAUUAUGGACUUUGUAAAGACAAAGAAAGUUUGUUUUUUUAUUGUUAAGUUAUAUAAAUUGAGAUUUUUUUCUUUUUGUCUGUUUUGAUAGAGACUGGAUUUUCAAUCCAAUGACCAAAUGCAUAUCUCUUUGUUGCUCUCAUGUAAAAUUUCUUUUAUAAAAACAGAUGUUUGGUGGUCAAAGCAAUGAAUAAACCUCUGAUGAA